AUGUCACGAUGGCUGUGGCCAUGGUCGAACUGUGUAAAAGAGCGGGUAUGCCGCUACUUGCUGCACCACUACUUGGGUCACUUCUUCCAGGAGCACCUCAGCCUGGACCAGCUCAGCCUCGAUUUGUACAAGGGCAGCGUUGCCCUGCGGGAUAUCCACUUGGAGAUCUGGUCUGUGAACGAAGUGCUGGAGUCCAUAGAAUCACCCUUGGAGCUGGUGGAAGGCUUUGUGGGCUCUAUCGAGGUGGCCGUGCCUUGGGCUGCGCUGCUCACCGACCACUGCACCGUGCGUGUGUCAGGACUCCAGCUCACUCUGCAGCCCCGCCGGGGCCCAGGGCCAGGGGCUGCUGACUCACAGAGCUGGGCCUCCUGCAUGACCACGAGCCUACAGCUGGCUCAGGAGUGCCUUCGGGAUGGGCUGCCCGAGCCCUCUGAGCCACCACAGCCCCUGGAGGGACUGGAAAUGUUUGCCCAGACCAUUGAGACUGUGCUACGAAGGAUCAAGGUGACCUUCCUGGACACUGUGGUGAGGGUGGAACACUCACCAGGUGAUGGGGAGCAUGGCGUGGCGGUGGAAGUCCACGUGCAGAGACUGGAGUACUGUGACGAGGCAGUGCGGGACCCAAGCCAGGCCCCCCCAGUGGACGUGCACCAGCCCCCUGCCUUCCUGCACAAGCUGUUGCAGCUGGCGGGGGUCCGCCUACACUUCGAGGAGCUCCCCCCACAGGAGGAACCCCCGAAACCCCCCUUGCAGAUUGGCAGCUGCUCAGGGUAUAUGGAGUUGACAAUGAAAUUGAAGCAGAAUGAGGCCUUCCCAGGCCCCAAGCUGGAAGUGUCUGGACAGCUGGGCUCCCUGCACCUGCUCCUGACCCCUCGGCAGCUCCAGCGGCUUCAAGAACUGUUCAGUGCCAUGAGCCUUGCAGACCCCGAGGGCCUGGUGGACAAGCUGAACAAGAGCCGCCCGCUAGGUGCCGAAGACCUGUGGCUGAUUGAGCAGGACCUGAAUGAGCAGCUUCGGGCAGGGGCUGUGGCUGAGCCCCUCAGCCCAGAACCCCUUGCCAGCCCUCUUGUCAACCUGGACAACACUGACCUCUUCUUCUCCAUGGCGGGCCUCACAAGCAGUGUGGCCUCAGCCCUCUCCGAGCUCUCCCUCUCCGAUGUAGACCUAGGAUCUUCAGUGCACAGCGACAUGGCCCCCCGCCGGCUGUCUGCUCAUGCCCACCCAACUGGCAAGACGGCCCCCACACCCCUCCCGGACACCCUGCGCCCUGACUCGCUGCUAAAGAUGACCCUGGGGGGCAUGACUCUGACCUUGCUUCAGACAUCUGCCCCAUCUUCUGGACCACCUGACCUCAGUACCCACUUUUUUUCGGAGUUUGAUGCCACCAAGGAUGGGCCCUUCGGCUCCCGUGACUUCCACCAUCUCCGACCGCGCUUCCAGAGGGCCUGUCCCUGUAGCCACGUCCGGCUAACGGGUACAGCUGUGCAGCUGUCCUGGGAGCUGCGGACAGGCAGGGGCCGGCGGACUACCAGCACACAGGUGCACUUUGGGCAGCUCGAGGUGCUGGAGUGUCUGUGGCCCAGGGGCGCUUUCGAGCCUGAGUACACGGAGAUCCUGAGCUUCCCCGGCAGCCUGGGUUCCCAGGCCUCAGCUCGGCCCUGUGCCCACCUGCGUCAUACGCAGACUCUACGCCGUGUGUCCAAGAGCCGACCCCGGCGCCCAGCCGCCUGCCAUUGCCACUCAGAACUGGCCCUGGACCUAGCUGACUUCCAGGCAGAUGUGGAGCUGGGGGCCCUGGACCGGCUUGCUGCCCUGCUGCGCCUGGCCACCAUACCCCCUCCCGAACCACCUGCUGGCCUCCUGACGGAACCCCCACCAGCUGCCGAGCAGCAGACAGUGGUGCGGUUGUCAGCACCCCAGGCCACGCUGCGGCUGCGCUUCCCCAUUGCUGACCUGCGGCCCGAGCGGGACCCCUGGGCAGGCCGAGCUGUGCGGGCUGAGCAGCUGCGGCUGGAGCUGAGUGAGCCCCAGUUCCGGUCAGAGUUGAGCAGUGGUCCUGGUCCGCCCAUCCCCACCCGCCUGGAACUUACCUGCUCCGACCUUCACGGCACCUACGAAGACGGAGAGAAGCCACCCAUCCCCUGCCUGCGGGUCUCCAAAGCCCUGGAUCCCAAGAGCCCUGGGCACAAAUACUUCCUGCCCCAGGUGGUGGUGACCCUGAACCCCCAGCUCAGCAGUGCACAGUGGGAGGUGACCCCCGAGAAGGGAGAGGAGCUGGAGCUGUCGGCUGAGAGUCCAUGUGAGCUGCGGGAACCUGAGCCCUCGCCGUUUUCCUCCAAGAGGACCAUGUAUGAGACAGAGGAGAUGGUGAUUCCCGGAGACCCCGAGGAGAUGAAAACCUUCCAGAGCCGGGCCCUGGCACUAUCACGCUGCAGCCUUGAAGUGGUCCUGCCCAGUGCCCAUAUCUUCCUGCCCAGCAAGGAGGCCUAUGAGAGCCUCUAUAACAGGAUCAACAACGACCUACUCAUGUGGGAGCCUGCGGACCUGCUUCCCACCCCUGACCCCACUGCUCAUCCCCCUGGCUUCCCCGGCCCCUCAGGCUGCUGGCAUGCCAACUUCAAGAUGUGCAAAUCGGCCUUCAAGCUGGCCCUCCCAGGUCUCCUUCCCACUUGGCUCUUUGAUCUCACCCCAGACUCUGAUUCGGAUGAGGAGGAUGCCCACUUCUUCUCAGUAGGGGCAUCAGGCGCCCCCCAGCCCCCUGCCCCUGAGUCCCCAGGUCCUCGCUCCCAGAGUACCUUCUCUACACUGGUGACGGUGCUGAAAGGUCGGAUCACAGCCCUUUGUGAGACCAAGGAUGAGGUUGGGAGGAGGCUAGAGACCUCACACGGGGAACUGGUGUUGGAUGUGGAGCAAGGCACCAUCUUCAGUGUCUCCCAGUACCGGGGCCAGCCAGGACUCGGCUACUUCUGCCUGGAAGCCGAGAAGGCGAAGCUCUAUCACCGAGCGGCUGUGGCUGACCGCCUGCUGCCCAGUCGCCUGGAGCCGCCCAGCUUUGCUCCUCCGGCCCAGCUGGCCCCAGCCAUCUACCCGUCAGAGGAAGGCGUGACCGAGCGGGGAGCCUCGGGCCACACGGGCCAGGGCCGGGGCCCCCACAUGCUGUCCACUGCUGUGCGCAUCCACCUGGACCCCCACAAGAACGUCAAGGAAUUCCUGGUAACACUGAGGCUCCACAGAGCCACCCUGCGCCACUUCAUGGCCUUACCGGAGCAGAGUUGGCACUCCCAGCUGUUGGAGUUCUUAGAUGUGCUUGAUGACCCAGUGCUGGGUUACCUGCCCCCAACGGUCAUUACUGUCCUACACACUCACCUGUUCUCCUGCGCCGUGGACUACAGGCCCCUCUACCUCCCUGUGCGCGUCCUUGUCACCGCUGAGACCUUCACGCUCUCCAGCAACAUCAUCAUGGACACCUCCACCUUCCUACUCAGGUAUGCGCCACCCCCACCCAGCUCACUUUACAUCCCACUCCAAACUGGGCUGCAGCUGCUACUCCCCUGGCCCCGAGAUGGGGAGCCCGUGGUGACACAGCUGCAUCCGGGCCCCAUCAUCGUGCAGGACGGGUACUUCUCACGGCCGCUGGGCAGCACAGACCUGCUCCGGGCACCUGCCCACUUCCCUGUGCCCAGCAGCCGUGUGGUGCUACGUGAGGUCUCCCUCGUCUGGCACCUCUAUGGAGGCCGAGACUUUGGCCCCCACCCUGGCCACAGGGCAAGAGGCGGCUUCAUGAGCUCCAGGGGCUCCCCUUCUCGCUGCUCUGGCCCCAACCGGCCCCAGAACUCUUGGCGGACGCAGGGGGGCAGUGGGAGGCAGCACCAUGUCCUCAUGGAGAUCCAGCUCAGCAAGGUAAGCUUCCAGCACGAGGUGUACCCAGCGGAGCCGGCCCCCGGCCCCGCGGCCCCCGGCCAGGAGCUAGAGGAGCGGCCACUGUCCCGCCAGGUGUUCAUUGUUCAGGAGCUUGAGGUCCGAGACCGGCUCGCCUCCUCCCAGAUCAACAAGUUCCUGUACCUGCACACGAGUGAGCGGAUGCCACGUCGCGCCCACUCCAACAUGCUCACCAUCAAAGCGCUGCACGUGGCCCCCACGACCAACCUGGGUGGGCCCGAGUGCUGUCUCCGUGUCUCGCUGAUGCCCCUGCGGCUCAACGUGGACCAGGAUGCCCUGCUCUUCCUCAAGGACUUCUUCACCAGCCUGGCGGCUGGCAUCAAUCCUAUGGUUUCGGUGGAGACGUCCACUGAGGCUCGCCCUGAGACCCGAGUCCAGCCCAGCAGCCUCCAGGAAGGCCAGGCUGAGGACACAGAGACGCCUGGCUCCCGGGAGACCACAGGCAGUGGACACCGCUCCUCUGCCGAGCAGCAGCCUAUCUACUUCAGGGAGUUCCGCUUCACGUCUGAGGUGCCUAUCUGGUUAGAUUACCAUGGCAAGCACGUCACCAUGGACCAGGUGGGCACUUUCGCUGGCCUCCUCAUUGGCCUGGCCCAGCUCAACUGCUCUGAGCUGAAGCUGAAGCGGCUUUGUUGCCGACACGGGCUCCUGGGUGUGGACAAGGUGCUAGGCUAUGCUCUCAACGAGUGGCUGCAGGACAUCCGCAAGAACCAGCUUCCUGGCCUGCUGGGGGGCGUAGGCCCCAUGCACUCAGUUGUCCAGCUCUUCCAAGGGUUCCGGGACCUGCUCUGGCUGCCCAUCGAGCAGUACAGAAAGGAUGGGCGCCUCAUGCGGGGGCUGCAGCGGGGGGCUGCCUCUUUUGGCUCCUCCACGGCUUCCGCCGCCCUGGAACUCAGCAACCGGCUGGUGCAGGCUAUCCAGGCCACAGCUGAGACGGUGUAUGACAUCCUGUCCCCUGCAGCACCCAUCCCCCGCUCCCUGCAGGACAAGCGCUCCGUCAGGAGGCUACGAAAGGGCCACCAGCCCGCCGACCUCCGGGAGGGUGUGGCCAAGGCCUAUGACACAGUUCGAGAGGGCAUCCUGGACACGGCUCAGACCAUCUGUGAUGUGGCAUCCCGGGGCCAUGAGCAGAAGGGGCUGACGGGCGCCGUGGGGGGCGUGAUCCGCCAGCUGCCCCCAACUGUGGUGAAGCCCCUCAUUCUAGCCACGGAAGCCACGUCCAGCCUGCUCGGGGGGAUGCGAAACCAGAUCCUUCCCGACGCACAUAAGGACCAUGCUCUCAAGUGGCGUUCGGAUGAAGGCCAGGACUGAGUGUCGGGGGCCCAGGACCCAGGGGCACUGCUGCCCACCUCGCGCAGCCAGCCCCAGUGGCAUCUUGGUCCCUGCACCUCCCCAGAUCUUCGGCCCACAGCUGGGCGGGCCCUCGGGGGAAGGGCCUGGAAGGACCCUUCCUGGCCCACCCUGCCAGUCGCUGUGAGAAUGAGGCCUCCCUGCCUGGGGCCUCGGCCCUGUCUCUGCACUUUUCCUCUGGGGAGAAAGGACGCUGCCUCCACUACUACCUGGGCCCACACUGCCGCCUUGUCCCAGAAUAGGAGGCAUUUGGACCCUCAGACCCCAGCCCCACUCAGCCAAGUAUCUUUCUAUGUCUGGGGGGAGGUGGGGGACAGACCCUGUGUGGUUCAAUGUAUUUUUAAGCUCCUUGAGCGUGUGGGUCAGUGUCUGCAUGAAGUGGAAUAAACUGCCCACCG